CUGACCGUGGUGGGCACCGAUUCGGAACAUGCUUCCAGAGCGGGAGCCCAGCGACGCCAGGCCUUCGACCGCGUGGAAGGUAGGUUGGGAAACGCCAUCCACGAAGCCGAUGUUAUCGUACUGGCCACGCCGGUCCUCGCCAUGCGCGAACUUAUGGAAGGCAUGGCGCCCUACCUGCCGGAAGGCUGCGUCGUUACCGAUGUCGGCAGCACCAAAACCCAGGUGCUCAAGUGGGCAGACGAGCUGUUGCCGGAUUCUGUGGACUUCGUCGGCGGGCAUCCCAUGGCCGGCCGGGAAACUCCCGGCCCUGAAAACGCCGAUGCCACGCUCUUCGCGGGUAAACCAUACUGCCUGAUCCCCAGCUCAAAGGCCAGUCAGCGCGCCGUGGGAGAAAUCACCACGCUGGCGGAGGCGGUGGGUGCAGAACCCUACUUCAUUGGCCUGGACGAGCACGAUAGCUUCGUGGCUGCGGUAAGCCACCUUCCCUUCCUGGUGUCCACGGCGCUGGUGGGCUGCACCAGCAAAUCGGCCAACUGGUCCGACAUUGGGCAGCUGGCGUCGUCCGGUUACCGCGACAUCACCCGGCUGGCGUCCGGCGACUCAACCAUGCACCGGGACAUUUGUGUCAGCAACGCCGAACCCAUUGUUGCCUGGAUCGAUGCCUUCAUUCGUGAACUAUACGAGUAUCGCAAACUACUGGACUCCGGGAGCGAACCCCCGGAUAUAGAUGCGGUGAUGACACUGUUUGAGGACGCCAGGGUUGCCCGCGCCAAGUUGAUAGCCGGUGAUGUCAAUCCACGCUCGCGGGAAAUCGAUAGCGCCCCCGACUACCCCACGUUCACCAGUUCAAUGGGUCAGAUGUUCCUUGGGGGAUUGGCCAACCGCGCCCGACGACUCAUGAUGCUGGAAAAGGACGACGACUCCAACCGCACCCGCCGGCGAGACGAAAAGCCGUAA